AUGUUUCACCAUUUGAGGGGGAAAAAUGCACUCCAUAAUUACCUAUCGAGGUGCACCUGGGGGAAGUUCCCGCCUGGGGUUAUCCCCUACCGGAACCGCGGGCCCAAGCUAAGAGGCGUAACUGUGUUGGAGACUGUGAGAAGACCCCACAGUGGUUACAGUAAGAAGGGCGACGCAGCGCACACCACAAGGCACAGAACGGAUUGCAAGGGUGGUAAAACAGAUCCCUUUAAAGAAACGUGUGAAAGGGGGGAACGGGGCGAACAGAACAAACGCGGUGAUAGACUAAACGCAGAAACGUCUAUGUACUACCCAGAGCGAAACUCCUUCCCGUAUGUGACGACCGGCAUCUUGCUGGGCAUGGUGGGCAUUUCGUCCUUCUUCCAAUUUUUAAUUUACAAUUUGAAAAAUUGCGACGACGAGUCCAGUAUCCUAUUGAGGGUAAACGAGAUCCUGGACCAUCUGGAUGCCUAUUUUAUAAUUCACAAUUUUCAAGGGGGCCCAAGGGAAGGACACAAUACAAGAGGACAUGGCGCCGUGGAACCUGGCCUCUUGAACAUUAAAUAUUUGACGUCCCCAUUUUUCGUUAAUGAAAAUGUUCUACAGUGCGCAGUUCAGCUAUCCACUUUUUUUUUGGCCUCCAGAUUUCUCGAAAGGCAAUUUGGGUCCCUAAAGUUUGGGGCCCUAUUCAUAUGCGGCUGCGUCCUUUCCAAUCUUCUAACACAUCACUUUUUAAAAUUCCUUACAAACCAAAUGGAAGCAUUAAACUUCCUCCACUUUGCUCUCAUACACCCUUCUGGGUCCAUGGCUUUUAUAUGUGCCCUCUGCUCUAUUUGCUUCAAAAAUUGUGCCAUAUGGAAGGACAUCCCUGUCCAUUGUUCCAUUCUAGUCGUUCCCUACUUACUUUCUUCCUUUUAUGUGUUCUUAUCUUUGUACAAAAUUGGAAAUAACAGCUUGGAAAAAACUCAAGGACAGGCCGCUCAGGAAGGAGACUCUUCUAAUCAGCGCAACUCUCUGCAAAAUGUGUAUGCUAAAGACCAUCCCUAUGAAGACCCCUCACCACAGAUGGGUAUGCCAAAUGUAAUGAGCAAAAGCCAGGCUAAUAACGACCCAAUUGACCCCCUACACAGCAAAGACAAAGAACAACCAAAUGGCCUUCCCAGUAAUAAACACAUCCCAAGUGAAACGAUGGAAACGCUAAGGAACUUCCUUAUCGUAAAAGCAUGUGAUGAAGUUAUUAAGAGGCGCAAAAAGGAAAAUAUGUUUCCGAGCAAAAAGUUGCAAAACCUCAAAAAUGAAACGCUAAGAAAUAUUAACGAAAUUAAUAACAAGUCUAAGAAAAUAUUUUUUAGUUUGUCUUCUUCAUUUACGGACAUAUGUGGCAUCCUGCUCGCCUCAUGUGGGUCUUUCCUUUUUAAAAUGCUCAGGUAG